CAAGUUAUUGAAGAGAAAGGGUGCUAGAUCAUCAUCUCUCUGUAUUUUGUAUCAUUGCGUUCUCUCCUAACCGUUGACCUCAAUUCCACUGAUGGCAUUCGAGUCUUCUUCACCUUCAGCGAAAUCUGAAUGGAUAUACGACGUGUUCAUCAAUUUCAGGGGAGUAGACACCCGCAAGAAGUUCGUUUCCCAUCUCCAUUCUUCGCUCUCAAAAGCUGGAGUCAAAACGUUCCUUGACGAGGAGAAUCUUCUCAAAGGAAUGGAGCUGCAAGAACUAUUGCGAGCAAUUCAAGUGUCACAGAUAGCAAUAAUAGUUUUCUCCAAAAGAUACGCUGAAUCUAGUUGGUGUCUUGACGAGCUUCAAAAAAUCUUUCAAUGCCGCCAAACUUGUGGCCUAAGAGUUGUGCCUGUAUUUUACUAUGUUGAACCGUCCGAAGUACGUCACCAGACGGGUGAUUUUGGAGAUGCGUUGAGAGCAGCUGCAGAAAGUAGGUAUGCAGGAGAACAUCUGGAAUUCGCGUUGUCGAGUUGGAGACGCACACUCACCGACGCUGCAAAUUUGUUCGGGGUGAGAUGGUUGGAAUGCGGCGGAACAGAGGUUAAAUCAAUACACUGA